AUGGCGAAGCGCGAGGCCAGCGCCAGCCCCGUGGUGCGGCAGAUCGACAAGCAGUUCCUGGUGUGCAGCAUCUGCCUGGACCGGUACCGCAACCCCAAGGUGCUGCCCUGCCUGCACACCUUCUGUGAGCGGUGUCUCCAGAACUAUAUCCCGCCCCAGAGCCUCACCCUGUCCUGCCCCGUGUGCCGCCAGACCUCCAUCCUGCCCGAGCAGGGCGUGGCCGCGCUGCAGAGCAACUUCUUCAUCACCAACCUCAUGGAGGUGCUGCAGCGCUCCCCCGAGGGCAGCAGCCGCCCAGACGCCGCCGCGCUGGACCCCGUCAGCGCCGUCACCGGCCAGCCGCUCUCCUGCCCCAACCACGAGGGCAAGGUGAUGGAGUUCUACUGCGAGUCGUGCGAGACGGCCAUGUGCCGCGAGUGCACAGAGGGUGAGCACCGGGAGCACGUCACCGUGCCGCUGCGCAACGUGGUGGAGCAGCACAAGGCCGCGCUGCAGCAGCAGCUCGACGCCAUCAAGAGCCGGCUGCCCCAGCUGACGGCUGCCAUCGGGCUGGUGACCGAGAUCAGCAAGCAGCUCCUGGAGCGGAAGAACGCCGCCGUGGGCGAGAUCAGCGGCUCCUUCGCGGAGCUGGAGCAGGCCCUGCAGCAGCGCAAGGGGCUGCUCGUGCGUGACCUGGAGGCCACCUGCAGCGCCAAGCAGAAGGUGCUGCAGGCCCAGCUGGACGCCCUGCGGCAGGGCCAGGAGAACAUCUUGAGCAGCUGCACCUUCACGGAGCAGGCGCUGCACCACGGCACGGAGACGGAGGUGCUGCUGGUGAAGAAGCAGAUGAGCGAGCGGCUCAGCGCGCUGGCCAGCCAGGAGUUCCCCGAGCAGCCGCAGGAGAACGACCAGCUGGACUACGUGGUGGAGACGGACGGCGUCCGCAAGUCCAUCCUCAACCUGGGCGUGCUCAUCACCACCAGCGCCAUCGCCCACAAGACGGUGGCCACGGGCGAGGGGCUGCGGCACGCGGUGGUGGGGCAGCCCUCCUCCCUCACCAUCACCACCAAGGACAAGGACGGCGAGCUGGUGCGCAGCGGCAGCGCCAGCCUGCAGGCCCAGGUGACGGCGCCUGACGGCGGCCGGGCCGAGGCCGAGGUGCUAGACAACAAGAACGGCACCUACGAGCUGGUGUACACGCCGCGGCAGGAGGGCGACUUCCUGCUCUCCAUCCUGCUGUACGGGCAGCCCAUCCGGGGCAGCCCCUUCCGCACCAAGGCCCUCAAGGCCUGCGACGUGCCCCCCUCGCCCGACGACGUCAAGCGCCGCGUCAAGUCCCCCAGCAGCGGGCACAUCCGGCAGAAGGCUGUGCGGCGCCCCUCCAGCAUGUACGGCAGCGGCAAGAAGAAGGAGAAUCCCAUCGAGGACGAGCUCAUCUUCCGCGUGGGAAGCCGAGGCCGGGAGAAGGGGGAAUUCACCAACCUGCAGGGCAUCUCCACCUCCAGCUCUGGUCGCAUCGUGGUGGCCGACAGCAAUAACCAGUGUGUGCAGGUCUUCUCCAACGAGGGCCAGUUCCGGCUGCGCUUCGGCGUGCGGGGCCGCUCCCCUGGGCAGCUGCAGCGCCCCACUGGCGUCACGGUCGACAUGAACGGGGACAUCAUCAUCGCCGACUACGACAACCGCUGGGUCAGCAUCUUCUCCCCCGAGGGCAAGUUCAAGACGAAGAUCGGGGCUGGGCGGCUGAUGGGCCCCAAGGGCGUGGCCGUGGACCGCAAUGGCCACAUCAUCGUGGUGGACAACAAGGCCUGCUGCGUCUUCAUCUUCCAGUCCAACGGGAAGCUGGUGACCAAGUUUGGCGGCCGCGGGACGGCGGAGCGGCAGUUUGCAGGGCCCCACUUCGUUGCUGUUAACAACAAGAACGAGAUCGUGGUGACCGACUUCCACAACCACUCAGUGAAGGUGUACAGCGCCGACGGCGAGUUCCUCUUCAAGUUCGGCUCCCACGGGGAGGGGAACGGGCAGUUCAACGCCCCCACCGGUGUGGCCGUGGACUCCAACGGCAACAUUAUCGUGGCCGACUGGGGCAACAGCCGGAUCCAGGUCUUCGACAGCUCGGGCUCCUUCCUGUCCUACAUCAACACGCUGGCUGACCCGCUGUAUGGGCCGCAGGGCCUGGCGCUCACCUCGGAUGGACACGUGGUGGUGGCCGACUCGGGCAAUCACUGUUUCAAGGCCUAUCGCUACCUGCAGUAG